GUUCAAUUCCAAGAGAAAAAAAAGUCAAAGUCAAUAAUUAUUACACACACAGACUGUCAGACACACAAAGUCGGAGCUUCCGUUCCCAGGGUGCCUGGCAAGCUUGCAAGGUACUAGCUCUCUGUCGGUGUAGAGGGGCAGAACUUGUUGCUGCCUUGCAUACAUCAUCAUUAUCAUCAUCAAGCACCAUAGAAGCAAACACCUGAGUUGACGUAUAGAUAAACAUGUUUGUGAAUAAGUUUUCUGAACUUUGAACCUGAUGCGGGCUGCGGCUUAAUUCUUCCAACCCUAUUUGAUCACCACACCAUCUCCUGCCGCACCAGUCGCAGUCAGAUACAGGCAACUCAACAAGCAGCACAACGCAAACCAUGGCCAGCCCCAGCGCUUCGCCCGCCGUCGACACGGCCCCCGCAGAGCCGCCAUCAAAACGCCGGAGGGUGGACGGCGACGACAGCAAUGAAGAAGCGGAUCGUGCUGCCUCUCCCGAAACCAGUGCCGCGCACCAAGAAUUAUCGAUACGUACCGGCAGGCCUGGCAGCAGGUCUCGAUCAGGCAGUCCCAAAGAAGACGACGAAGCCAGGCGGUCUCGAGAGAAGCGGUCAUACUCGAGAACGCGAUCACUCCGCUCUCGGUCGAGGUCAAGACCGACAUCCCGAUCGCGAUCCCGGUCUCACUCCCGCUCUCGAUCCACCUCCCGCUCAACCGACCGCCGCCGCUCCCGGUCCAGGCGCGACAGCUCCUCCCGAUCUCGGUCCCGGUCACGUUCACGCUCCGAAUCGCGCUCGCGCUCUCGCUCUCACACACGCUACCGCUCGACUGGCUCCUCACCAACCCCAGCAGCCGAAAGCAAACCCCCGGAGCGGGUGCAAGUGCGUUACAAGCGCCGCCUGGAACUGCGCGGCCACUCGCAGCCCAUCGCGCAGGUGCGUAUCUCGCCCAACGGGCGCUGGAUCGCAUCCGCCUCUGCCGACGGCACCGCCCGCAUAUGGGAUGCCGAGACGGGCGCGCACAUCGACACUCUGGUCGGCCACAUGGCCGGCGUGUCGUGUCUGGCCUGGAGCCCGGACUCGGGCACCCUCGCGACCGGGUCCGACGACAAGGCCAUUCGCCUAUGGGACCGCAUCACGGCCGAGCCUGCACACGCUGUGGGAACCCAGGACGGGGAUGAUGAUGCAGAGCGGGGCCGCACACACGGCGGCACCAGGAUCUCGGGCGCGUCGGGGAUAGGCGUCGGCGGCGGAGGAGGCCCUGCGCGAGGAACUAGGCGGCCGCUGCUGGGUCAUCACAACUACGUCUACUGUCUUGCGUUCUCGCCCAAGGGCAACAUUCUUGCUAGCGGGAGCUACGACGAGGCUGUCUUCCUGUGGGACGUCCGGGCAGGUCGCCUGAUGCGCAGUCUGCCGGCGCACAGUGACCCGGUGAGCGGCAUAGAUUUUUGCCGUGAUGGCACUCUCGUUGUCAGCUGCUCAACAGACGGGCUAAUUCGUAUAUGGGAUACUGCAACUGGCCAAUGCCUACGCACUCUGGUUCACGAGGACAACCCCGCAGUCACCAAUGUGUGCUUCUCUCCCAACGGCCGCUAUAUCCUGGCCUUCAACCUCGACAGUUGCAUCCGCCUAUGGGACUACAUUGCGCAUCCAAGCAAGGUCAAAAAGACGUAUCAGGGCCACGUCAACACGGGCUUCAGCAUCGGCGGUUGCUUCGGCGUGGUGCAGGACGAGGAGGAGGAGAUUGAAGACGAGCAGCAAAAUGGCGAGGAUGGCGACGAAGACGAAGACGAGCAAGACAGACAUCCGCGUCGGAAACAACGCCAACCGAAGCAGCAGGCAUUUGUCGCCAGCGCCAGCGAGGAUGGUCAUAUUGUGCUUUGGGAUGUCAAGAGCAAGGAGGUUGUGCAAAAGAUCGCGGCGCACGACGGCGUCUGCUUCUGGGUGGACGUUGUAGGGGACACCAUGGUGAGCGCAGGGAAGGAUGCACGCAUUUUGGUCUAUCGCAACACACUGAAUUCGCGACGGCAGAAAACAGCGGUGGAGACUAACGGGGUGGACGGGACUAAGGGUAUGGAAACUGGAGGCGGCGCCGAGGAGAACGGCGGGCCGGGCGUGGUCAACGACGACCCGAGGGAAGACGAGGCGCCACAAGUUGAAAACUAAACCACUAAGUUUGCUCUUCACGAAUUUAACGAUACCCCAG